UUUCUGUUUUGUUACUCAUUUAAAAAUUCAACAAUUUUUUUUUUAUUUUAACAUCUUGCACCACAUUUUUUUAAUCCUUGUUCUGUUAAGAAAAUAUUAUAGCAGCAAAAUAGAUGGACCUGGAAUUGGGGCUCAAAAUCACUAAAACUAGAGAUGACAUUGCUUCCAUCUCUGAGUAUCGAUUAGCAAAGGCAGGACCUAUCUUUCAAUCUAGAGAAACAAGCACUAUGUUCAUCCUCUCUGCUCAUCUUAAAGGUUAUAAGAGGAAUAAAAUUAACAUCAAGAUUAGUGAAGAUGGUAGUAAGAUAUCAAUUAGUGGAGAGAAGCCUGUUCAGAAUAUUUUGAUGAUGGGAUGGUUAAUGCAUAGGAAAGAGGUUGAUGUUGUAGGGUUCAACAAGGUUUUCAAAAUUCCUGAUGGGGUGAAAUUGGACGGGAUCAAAGCAAAGUAUGAUGAGGAGGAAUGGACAUUGAAUAUUUUCAUGCCAAAAUUGGUUAAAGGAAUUUGUGGGGUUAGGAUUGAAGAGAUCAAGGAAGAAUCAGAAAAAGGGAGAUCAGAACUAGAGAAAAGUGAAGCUGAUCAAAUUCUUGGUAGUGUUGGAGAGACAAGCCAAAAAGGAUCUAAAGAGUCUAACUCUAAAGUUGAUGUAAUGGAGGACGGUGAAAGUUUCAUGGAGAAGAACGAAGGAGGAGUAUCUGACAAGAUGCUUGAUGAUGCCAAUAGGGAAAUAAUUAAGGAGAAAAUACAGAAAGAAGUAGAAGAGUCUAAGUUGGGAACUGAAGAAGGAAAUGGAGAAAGUUCUGGAGAGAAAGGUGGAAUGGAAGGAUAUGAAGGAAUGAAGGCAUCAGAACUAGAGCAAAAUGUUGUUGGAGACACCUCACAGAAAAUAGGCGACACAAGCCAAAAGGAAAUAGAAGAAUCUAAGUUGAGGAUUGAGGAUGAGGGGGUAAAAGGCAUGGGAGGAGAGGUUGGAAAGACAGCUUAUGAAGCGGUGAAAACAUCAGAAAAGGAGAACAGUGUAGGUGAAGGUAUGCCACAUAAUAUUGAAGAUACAAGUCAUGAUAAAGAGUUGGAGGUUCAAGAAAUGGAGGACAAUGGAGGUUUUGUAGAGGAGGAAAAAGUGGUAUCUGAAAAGAUGCUUGAUGAUGCCAAUGGAAACAAAAUUGGAGAGGUGAUCCAGAAACAAAUAGAAGAAUCCAAGUCGGGAAUUAAGGAUGGAGAUGGAGAAAGUGUGAAAGAAAAGAUAGGGAAAGCAGGAUACAAAGGAAUGAAGACAUCAGAAAUAGAGCAAAAUAUUGGUGCACAUGUCGCACAAAACAUUGGAGAUACCAGCCAAGAAGUAUCUAAAGAGUUUGAUAUUGAACAAAUGGGGGAAGCUAAAAGGACUGCUGGGAAGAUUGAGAGAGAGGAGUCUGGAGAUAUGCGUGUUGAGGUCAAUGUGUCUACCGAGGGAGAGACACUGGAAGAGUCAAAACAAAAACAAUUUGGAGAAGAACCUAAGCCUGAAACUGAGGAUAGACUAAAAGAAAGUGUUAAAGAAAGUAGUAUGGAACUAAUGAAGGCACCAAAACUUGAUCAAAAUAUAGAUGAUCAUAUUCCUAGCAACAUUUGUGGUACAAGCCAAGAAUUCAAGAAGUCUAGGAUUCAACAAAAGGAGAAAACUAAAAGCAUAGAAGAAAAUAUGGAAGGAAGGGAAACUGGAAGGAUGUCUGUUGAAGCCAGUAAGGAUAGUCAAAAAUGCAUAUUUGGAGAUAGCAUGAAAAAAGAUAUAAAAAAGCCUAAGAUCGAAACUAAGGAUGGAGAUCAAGAACAUGAUGGGGAAAAGGCUGGUAAGGAAGAAUUUGAUUCAAUGACAAUAAGGGAAGUGUUUCCUAAGCAGUUACCAGAAGCUACUAAUGAGGAAAACAAAGGGUUGAGUGCUUCAAAAAUGCAAGACACUGAAAAUGUCAAAGAAGCGAUGAUCAAAAGAAAAUUGAAAGAGAUUGAUUCUUUUGUGUAUAAGAAUGAAGGUGAAGGACCUAGAAAGAUGCACAUGGAAGCCAAAAAAGACUUGACAAAAGAUGUCAAAGAAGCAAUGGUCAAAAGAGAAGGAAAAGAGAUUAAAUAUGUUGUGGAUAACAGUGGAGAUGAUGAACGCGAAAGAAUGCAUAUCGAAGCAAAGAAAGACUUAACAAAAGAGACAACACAAGAAGGUGAAGAUCUCAAAGAGGAAAUGGUCAAAAGAGAAGGGAAAGAGAUUGAUUAUUUCUUGGAUGUGGAUGAAGAUAAAAACCCUAGAAGGAUGCAUAUGGAAGCAAACAAAGACUUCACAACAGAUACAAUGCAAGAAACUAAAGAUGUCAAAGAAGUAAUGGUCAAAAGAAAAGACAAAGAGAUUCAAAAUUUUGCAGAUGAGGGUGAAGGUGAAAAACCCAAAAGGAUGCAUAUGAAAGCAAAGGACUUAACACAAGGAAGGAUGCAAGAAAGUGAAGAAGUCAAUGAAGCAAUUGACAAAAGAAAAGGCAAAGAGAUUCAACAUUUUGUGGAUAAGGGUAAUGGUGAAGAACUCAUCAGCAUGAAGAUAGAAGCUAAACAAGACUUAACAAAAGAGGCAAUGCAAGAAAGUGAAGACGUCAAAGAAACAAUGUUCAAAAGAGAAGGCAAAGAGAUUGACUAUUUUUUGGAUGAGAAUGAAGGUGAAGAACCCAGAAGGAUGCAUAUGAGAGCAAAGAAGGAUUUAAUAACAGAGACAGUGCAAGAUAGUGAAGAUGUCAAAGAAGAAAUGGUCAAAAGGAAUGACAAAGAGAAUGAAAAUUUUGCAGAAAAUGGUGAAGGUGAAGAACCCAGAAGGAUGCAUAUGGAAGUAAAGAAGGACUUAAAAAAAGAGACAGUGCAUAAAAGUGAACUUGCCAAAGAUAUAAUGGUCAAAAGAAAAGAUAAAGAGAUUGAUAAUUUUGCUGAUAAAGGUGAAGGUGAAGAACCCAAAAGGAUGUAUAUCGAAGCAAAUAAGGACUUAGCAAAAGAGAUUAUGAAAAAAGGUGAUGUCAAAGAAUUAACAGUCAAAAGAAAAGAUAAAGAGUUUGAUAAUUUUGUUGAUAAGGGUGAAGGUGAAGAACCCAAAAGGAUUCUUAUGGAAACAAAGAACUUAAAAAAAGAGACAAUGCAAGAAAGUGAAGAUGUCAAAGAAGAAAUUGCCAAAAGGAAAGACAAAGAUAUUGAGUAUUCUGUGAAUAAGGGAAAAGGUGAAGAACCCAAAAGGAUGAUGGAUGUGGAAGCAAAGAAUGACCUUACCAUAGAAGCAAUGAAAGAAGCUAAAGAUGUCACAGAAGUAAUGGUCAAAAGAAAAGACAAAGAGAUUAAGAAUUUUGUAGAUAAAAGUGAAGGUAAAGAACCCAAAAGAAUGCAUAUGGAAGCAAAGGAGCACUUAGCAAAAGAGACAAUGCAAGAAAAUAAAGAUGUCAAAGAAGCAAUGUUCAAAGAAAAAGGCAAAGAGACUGAAUAUUUUGUUAUUAAGGGUGAAGGAGAAGAACCCAAAAGGAUGCAUAUGAAAGCAAAGAAGGACUUAACAACAAAUACAAUGCAAGAAAGUGAAUAUGUUAAAGAAGCAAUGGGCAAAAGAAAAUGUGAAGAAGAGAUUGACUAUUUUUUUAAUGAGGGUGAAGGUGAAGAACCCAACAGGAUGCAUAUGGAGGCAAAGGACAUAACAACAGAGAUAAUGCAAGAAAGUGAAGAUAUCAAAGAAGCAACCAUUAAAAGAAAAGGCAAAGAGACUGAAUAUUUUGUGGGUCAGGGUGAAGGUAAAGAACCUAAAAGGAUUCAUACGGAAGCAAAAAAAGACUUCACAAAAAAGACAAUGCAAGAAGUUGAAUAUGAUAGUGAAGCAAUGGUCAAAAGAAAAGGAAAAGAAAUUGAUUAUUUUGUGAAUAAGAGCGAAGGUGAAGAACUCAAAAGGACGCAUAUGGAAGCAAAGAAAGACAUAGCAAAAGAAACAAUGCAAGAGGAAAUUGAAAAGAUUAAGAAUGGAAUUAAGGAUAGUGAUCAACAAAAUGUACUGGAGAAAACUGGUAAAGGAAAAUUUGAAGUACCAACUGAAGAGUUGCCCAAGCUAAUUGGGAGGCCAGAUGGAAGUAGAGGACUCAAGGUUGCAAAUAUGGAAGAACAAAAGGAGAUGAUCAAAGAAGAAAUGGUUGAAACCAAAAGUUCAAUGGAAAAAGUGAAAGGAGAAAAGUCCAACACAACAAGCAAGGUUACUGAGAAAAACAUGGCAACUGAGAUCAUACAGAAGGAAACUGAGGAGUCCAACAUUGAAAGAAUGUCUAGAGAUGGACCAUAUGUACCAAACAAUAUGGUCAAAGUAGUAUUUGAAGUGUUGGGGACUUUCCAGGCAAAGCUUCCCAAGCAGGUGAUUAAAGCAAUUUCCCAAAAUAAAAAAGAAAAAAAUGAAUAUGUUAUUGUGAAAUUGAAAGGAGAAGGAUCUAUAAAGAUGCAUGUUGAACCAAAUGACGCUUUUGAUGAGGAUGAAAUUGAGGACAUAAAUCAGAAAGAAAUCGGAAAGCCAAAACUCAAGUCUAGUGACCAAAUAAGCGAGACAGAUGAUGUUGAUGUUGGGGUAUUUGAUGGAAGCAAAAGACCAAAGUUUCCAAAGAUGGGGGAAACAAAAGAUGUCAAAGAAGACAGUGCAAAAAUUGAGGAGUCAGUGGAGAAAGUAAAUGAAGACAAAUAUGAGAAAAUACAAGUUGAAGAAAAAGGGGGUAUGAGAAAAGACACAACAGGGGAGUCUACUCAGACAGAAAGAGAAGGUUCUAAGAUCCAAACAAUGGAAAAAGAUCAACAUUGUUUACAAGAAACAAUUAGUAAAGGAAUAUUUGAAGCAAGCACGGCUGCAAAAGAAGAGUUUCCUGUGAUAACGGUGGAUUCACUAGCUGAUAAAAGAAAGGGACUAAAAGGAAAAAAGAUAGAUGAAGCAAAAGUUGCCAAAGAAGAGUUAGUCAAGCAAACAAGUGAGGAAAAGAAAAUAAUUAUCAAAGAAAAGGGUUCUAGAAUUGAACAAUUUGUGAAGAAAGUACAAGGAGAGAAAUAUGAAAUGAUACAAGCUGAAGCAAAAGAAGGUUUGAGGAAAGAUAUAACUAAGGGAAAAGAUCAACAAGGUUUGCAAGAAGGGACAAGUAGAGGAAGAUAUGAAGCAAACACAACAAGAGAAAAAACUUUGAAGCCAGAAAUUCCUCUAGAAAAACAAAUAAAGAAAGGAGAACCAAUCACAAGAAAAGAUGAGUUUGCCAAAGGACAAAAAUUCAGGGAGACAAUACAAGAGGAAAUUGAAGGGCAUAAGGAUAAAAUUGAUGUCAGUGAUCAACAUGUGCAAAGAGAUGUCGUCAAAGGAGUUGGAAAAGUAGACACUAUAGGAAAGGAGAUGAUCAAAAAAGAAUAUGUAGCACAUCUUGGCCCAGUAGCUAAAAGGAUGGAAACAAAAAAAGACUUGAAAGCAACUCCUGAAAAAGAGAAAUACACAAUAGCUCAAAAUGUUAAAGAUGAAAAGCCAAGGAUAUAUGAAGAAAAUAUAAAAGUUGAUGUUGAAAAGGUGGAUAAGAAAGGAUAUCAAACAAAAGUUGUAGAAGAAGGGAUGUUAAAAGGGGAACACAAAGCAGAAGUAGUUCUUGAGAUAAAAACGGAAAGGCCAAAGGUUGCAAAGAGAGAAGAAACUAAAGAGGCUUCCAAACUACCAUUCAAAAGAGAGAUGGGAAAAACAAUUCAAAGUGCAGAAGAUAGGAGGCCUAAAACAGGAGAAAUAACUUCAGAGUUUGAAAAGGUUAUUGAAUUCAAACAAGCUGUAGAAAAAAUGCAUGAAAGUCACAACGGAGAACAUCAAAGAGACUCAAAAGAAGUCACACCUAAAAAGGAGGUGAAACCUCCAACAAUAACUCCAGAGCAAGGAGUUGAAAAGUCAAAGAAGGAAGAUGUGUCACCUAUGCCUAUGGCAAUCCAAAGAAAAGAACCUCAUGAAUUAUCAUUGCCAAGCAAGGACUACGAAAUUCCAAAGAUAGAGGGAGUACAACAAGAAAAGGAGGGGAAAAGAUUCACUCAUGCACUAGAAGCAUUCACUUUUAAAAAAGAAGAAAAAGAACUUGCACAAAUUUCGGGUACACAUUCAAAAGCAAAAGGUGAGAUUGACGAGCCACAAGUAAAUCAACUGCCAUCUCCAUCUAUAGAAAUGUGGAGCAAAGAGUCGCGUGAAUUAGAAAAGAAUGGUAUAAAAGAGGAUGACUCAAAGGCUAAAAGUUUAGUGAAUAUGCAAGAAGGAAAAAAAUCUAUUCAUUCUUCAGAGGGUACUACAACAUCAGAAGUAGUUGCAGAUGAAGCGGCUAAACCCUCAAAAUUUUCAAGUUCAUCUUCCACUCAACCAUUUGAAGUUGAAGGCAAGGAUAAGAUAGAUGCUAGUAGUGACGAAGAAUCUCAAGUUUCCAACAGGGACCCUGAAAUAGAUGGUCAAGAAUCAACCAAAAGUGAAACAGACGAAGAAGUUGAACAAAGAGAAACACUUCAGCCAGAGUCCCCUGAAGAUCAACAAUGCAUAAACAAAGAUCAAGAAGAAAGCCAUGAAACACAUGAAAUUGAAGAAAAGGUUUAUGAGCAAGUAGAUGAAUUCGAUCAAGAACACUCUCAACUGUUAGAGGAGCAAAAAGAAUGUGAGGAGGAAGCCACUGAAGGGAAGAAGAACGACCAAAAAGGAUCAAAGAAACUGUUUGUUUCGAUUAUCAUAGCCGGAUCAGGCCUUCUUGCUUCUGGAAUAUUUCUCUUUAUUCGACAUAGAAGAGCCAGAAAAGGUGGUAAGUGAUACUCAAAGUGAGCAGAAAUUCACAUUAUUGAUCGCUUUUGAACUCAAGGAAAUUGAAUGGAAAAGUGCAUGAAGUGGGUUGUUCAUUCUAUACAUAGCAACAUCUUUGUUCUUUUGUUUUACCAGGAAUUUUGCUUCCGUGUGAGAGUGAGGAGGAUGUGUUCACUUUUGAUGAAGGAGCUUUUCGUGCCCAAAUGGAGGCUUGUACCUGCAAAUUCAAUACUAGACCCCCUGAUAGAGAUACAUGCCAUUGUUCUUUGGACAUAAUUAGAUUCCGACAUCCUUGAAGUUGGAAAUGGAAGCAUGAUGACCUAGGGAAGAAUAUCGUGCCCCUGCUUCAGCAAAACAAAUGUCAAAUUUCUCAAGCACUUCUUUAUAGAAAGGAAGAAUCCAACCCAUAAUUUUCUUUUUCUUUUCCUUUUUUCAUAAGCACCCAAUCAAUCGUAUAUCUCCAUUAAGUCCUCUCAGGAAUAACAUGGUAUAGCAAUAGCCUUAUGGAAUACAAAUUCAUCAAAUGCAACAAUAUUGGGGAGGAUUAGUUAAUCAUAAACAGAAGCUGUAUUGGAAACAGGAUACUUGGCUUUUGUUGAAUUUGGAGCUUCAUUGCUAUCGGCAUGCAAAUGCAAAGGGAUGGUCCUAAUGAAAUGAAAGUAAAGUACCUUAGCUAGUUAGCUACUACAUCGGAAGUAGAUGGUCAAAUGUAUCAGUGUUUAUGAAGUGGAACUUUUACUUGUGAGGAUUGGUUUGCUAUGCCUAUUAUAUCUUAAGAUUGUACUAGAACCAGAACAUGGUCAUAACCAACUAAUCACACUACCUGUAAUAGAUGUCAUGUCACUAUUAGCAAUUCAGAUGAAUAAGCACCGUUUAUACUUA